CGUCAUACGUGACGUUUCUAUCCCAUCGAACACAGGAAAAACGGAAUAAAAAAAUAUACACAAAAUUAUUAAAGUUCCUGUACACUGCAUUUAGUAGCUGCUAUGCAGCUGAGUGAGUUUGGGAUACCCGGACAGUCCUGCGCCCGCAAUGCCAGGGGUAAAAUAUGAGCAGCUGUCAACUAAAGCUGAAGUCGAAGAAGAUGUAGGUACAGCUAAACCUAAGAAGAAAUGUUCCGAGGUCUGGUGCCAGAAGGGUCUGCUGUCCCUAGGGUUAAUUCUCCUGUACUUCUCGCUGUCGAUCGGAUUGACUUUCUACCAGAGAUGGCUAUUGAAGGAUUUCCGCUACCCCCUAACGGUGGUGAUGUACCACUUGAUAGUGAAAUGGUGUCUGUCCGUCUGCGUCCGCUGCGCGCGUCACUUCAUCACCGGCUCGAGCCAGCUGGUCCUACCAUUCAUGACGUGCUUACGCUCCGUGGCGCCCACAGGACUCGCAAGCGGCAUAGACGUGGGAUUCUCCAACUGGGGCCUGGAGCUGGUGACCAUCUCGCUCUACACCAUGACCAAGUCUACCACCAUCAUCUUCAUACUCGGCUUCGCUAUCUUACUCGGUCUAGAGAGGAAGUCGUGGUCCCUAGUCGGCAUAGUAUUCAUGAUAGCCGUCGGCCUCAUCAUGUUUACGUACAAGGCCACCGCGUUCAAUCUGCUCGGCUUCAACUUCCUGCUGGUGGCCUCGUUCGCCGGCGGCCUCCGGUGGACGUUCGCCCAGGUGCUGAUGCAGCGAGCGAGACUAGGGCUCCAUAACCCGGUGGACAUGGUGUUCCAUGUACAGCCGUGGAUGUUUCUGUCGCUGCUGCCCUUCGCCCUGCUCUUCGAAGGUCUAUCCUGUUUCGAGUACCUCCUAUCCCUGCCGCAGGGGGCGCUAGUGCCGACGCUAGUAAAGGUGUCUGGGGGCGCCACUAUCGCAUUCCUCAUGGAGAUCUCAGAGUUCCUCGUGGUGACAUACACUUCUAGCCUGACGCUGUCCAUAGCCGGGAUAUUUAAGGAGAUGUGCAUUCUAGUCUUAGCGGUGGAGGUGAGCGGGGACCGACUGAGCGCGAUCAACGUCGCCGGGCUCGGCGUGUGUCUCUUGGGCAUCAUCGGACACAUUGUACAUAAGGUCCUCUUCAUAAAAUCCGUAACGGGCGCUGUGCCAUUAGACGACGACUUUGAACCCGUCAACCGCUCCCGAACGCCCAAAGGCGGCGGCGAACCCCUCCUCGAGGCUAAGUGGACGCACCCGAGCGACGACAGCGAUGUCGAUGCUAACUUGGUACUGUUUGAGGUGCUGCAGAGACGAGAUGGGAGGUAGGGAGCACUGUUAG